AUGGAACAAAACGAGACGGGCUGCCAAACUCCUCAAGCCCCCAUUUUAUGCGUCAACAACUGUGGCUUUUUUGGCACUGCAGCCACCAUGAACAUGUGCUCCAAGUGCUACAAAGAUCUCGUCUUGAAGCAACAGCAAGCCGAACUUGCUGCCUCCUCCAUACAAAGCAUAGUGAAUGGGAGCUCAAGCACCACAGACAAGGACCCGGAAAACAUCAAUGCCGUUGAAAAAGCAAAGGCUGUUGUGUCCGAGGUUGUUAUUAUACCUUCACCACAAGAAUCAUCAGCAGCACUGUCUGUAAGCGAGAAGAAAGAUGAAAUUAAACAGGGCCCGAAACGGUGCGGGACUUGCAAGAAGCGGGUUGGAUUGACGGGAUUCAAUUGCCGAUGUGGCGAUAUUUUCUGUGCCGUUCAUCGUUAUUCUGACAAACACGAUUGCCCAUUUGAUUAUCGAGCGGCAGGCCAGGAAGCCAUAGCCAAAGCGAAUCCUGUCGUUAAGGCUGAGAAGCUCGACAAGAUAUAG